AUGCAAAAUAAAUCUAGAAAUUUUAGAACAGUGUUAGCUGGCUAUAUAAGAUAAUAAGAUCAGUUUGGGCACCCAAUUUCUCUUAGAUACAAAAAUAAUAGCACAUUCAAAACUUUUUUCGGAGGUUUCAUAACCAUCCUCUUUAGAAUGGGAAUAAUUGUAUUUCUAGUAUUUGAGAUAAUGAAAGUGGUUGAUAAAAAAAGCAAUAUUACCAAUUCCUAAUAUAGAAGAAACUUGGUUGAGGACAGGAGAUAAUACCAAAUAGAUUUAACUAACUUUGAUUUAGCUUACAAUGUAUUCUCAUCUGAUCCAAUCAUUACUGCAAAUAUUGAUAGAUAUGUAUCAGUAUAACUUCAGGAAGUAUACUUUGCUUGGUCGAAAGAUGGUGCUUCGUACACUAUGGAUGUGAAAGAUUUACCUCUUGAUAAAUGUCCUCCAGGUAGAUUUUUGGGUGAAACUGUAUAAACUGAUAACUUUGGUCUAUAAUUCAAUUACAAAUGUCCAACAACACUAAAUACAACAUUAUAAGGAGGCUUUGCAACAAAGGAAGCUAGAUAUAUCUAAGUACUUGUUGGCGGUUGCAAUUAAUCUAUUCUCAACAAAACAAAGCCAAAUUUAAAAUGCGCCAAUGAUUCUGAUAUAAUCAAAGCCUUAGAUGUUCUUGAACUAAACCUAUUAACUUCCAACCAAUUUGUUGAUGUUAAUGAAAGAGAAGGGAAUCCAGUCAAAACUAUCAUUAAAAAUUUCUAUGCAACUAAAUACAUCUCCAUUAUCAAAUCAAAUUUCUUCAGAAAACAUAACUUACUACUCUAUAAGAGCUGA